CGGCUCGGCUCGGACCCCGCCGGAGCGCUCCCUGCCGCCUCCUCGCCGAGGCCCGCACCCUCCCCGCCGCGCCUCACCCCGCCAUGCGCCAGCGGCGGCCGGCGGCGUCUCCAUGGGGCCGAGUCCCGGGGUCAAGGCCGGCGGCGCCUUUAUAUGGGGCGGCGCGCUGGCAGGUGGUGGUGAGGCACUGACGCGGAAGCGGGCAAGGGGCGGGGCCGUCCCGGGAGACCGCCCCGGGGGCGGGGCUGCCUCGCCCUUUCCUGCUCCGCUCCUCGCGUCGCGGCCCCGCCCCCGCGGCCGCUGCGCGCCGGACGGGGCCCAAGCGGGGGUCAGAGCCUCAAGGCUGCGGCGGCGACGAGCUCCGAGCGGGACACUGAACGGCCCGUAUGCGCAAGAUAAGCACGGACUGAAUCAGGUACACGCACCUGCCGGGGACGCACUGACCGAGGUGCGGACGGCGGUACCAGGACAGGUAAAGCCGCGAACCCUCGGACCUAAGAACUUGACAGGUACACCCUGCCUGAUGAAGCUACGUACGGCCAGGUGCCCAUCGAGUGAAUCAGGGUGAGAACCUACUUCUUCAUAAAGAGAAUUUGGAGGGAGCUUUUUGUUCUGCGGGGACAACAUCUGGAUUUGAAUACAUCCAUGCUCAAAAGGAGAUUUCUCAUAAUGGAGCCAACUGAAAGCACUCAGAGUACAAGGACCGGUGAGCUUUCAAAAGGAGACACUUUGGGAGACUCGCCAGGGGCCCUCGUAUCCCCGGCAGCACGAGUUUUGGAGGUCAGUGGAGGGCUCUCGCAUCAUGCAUGUAACUUUCAUACUCAAAGACUUACCUUCAUCCUCCAUCCCUCACCCACCUGCAGAAACUUGGGGCUUGAAUUCAUUUAAAAACAUUUGUGGUUUCAGAAGCCUUCUUUUUAUUAUGAAGCUGCCAAGGAGAUCUUAGAAUGAAAGGCAUUUUUAGAGAUGAGAAAGAAGGAAGCCAGGCCAAGGCCGGGCCGGCUCUCAGCCGUGGGUCUGUAAAGGUGACACGUGGGACAUGGCCACCUGCAGACCCUGCAGGCGGCUGGGCAGAGGCACCCACAGGGACCUGGGUUUGAAUCCCUGCUCUGCCAGUCAUUUCCACAGCGAUCUUGGGGGAAGUUGUGUAACCUCUGGGCCCUGCGACGCCCUUUCCUGGAGCCUGGAGCUGGAACGAAGCCCCUUGGAGCCCUGACAUCAGAGGUGACGCUAGUCUUCGCAGGCAAUGACUCGGCGGAAUGUGAUGCCACUCCCUAACCCGUGUCCGGGCUGGCAGAGUGUGUGCCGCCUCCCACCAGGUGGUCUGGCUGCUUUGAUGGAUCUCCUAACUUCUCUGCACCCCAGAGCCCUCAGUGCUGGCCAGACCUUCACUCACUCCUGGGUGACAACCCCGUUCUCAGAUAGCGGGUCCCACAGGCUGGCCUAUGGCGCCCCCUGCUGGUGACUGCAGGGAGAAGGAUGCCCUAAGCCAAAGGAAGUCCUUCCUGGGGUCUAAUCUCUACCUUUUGCAUGAUGAGGCAGCUGAGGUGGCUCGCUUUCUCCUCCACCCCAGAAAAUAAAGUCAUAUGGAGUCCAA